AUGCAUUUGGAGCGUCUGCUGAAGAAGUCGGAGAUCUCGGGUUAUGACGAGUGCUACCCGGGUUUCGCAGAGUCCUACGACGCCAUGGGUGACUCGGACGAGGAGACGGACUUCAGCAAGAUGGAUAUGGGUAAUAAGAAGGGCCCAGUGGGGCGGUGGGACUUUGAGACGCAAGAGGAGUAUGGUGACUACAUGUCAAGUCUAGAGGCGAUGCCGAGGGCGGCCUACCAGUAUGGUGUGAAGAAGCCAGAGGGGCGCAAAACGCGUCGAUUGGGAGGUGGCGGAGGCCCCGGUGGCAGCCAAAAGAACGAGCGCGCCGAGGUGGACCGUCAGCUGCAGCAGAUCACGUCUCUAAUCAACAAACGCAAGCAGAUGGCCCAGGAGGCUGGCGAUGCCACUGCAAAGCGAAUCAAGUAUUGA